CCCUCCCCCGCCAUGAGGGGCGGCUCUCGCCCCUCCAUAAAGCGGCUCUGGGGCUGCCGGUGCUGUGGAUCCCGGCGCAUCUCGGCACACCCCGGCCACGCAUCGCGGCUUUCCGGAGGCGGCGCAGCUCAGUCAAAUUGCCUGAUGAUUGAUGAUAAUAAAGAGAAUGAAGACCAUGCAUCUGAAGGAGGAAGAACAGCCAUCAUUUUUUCCUUGAAGAAUGAAGUUGGAGGACUUGUAAAGGCCUUAAAACUCUUUCAGGAGAAGCAUGUAAAUCUGGUACACAUUGAGUCACGGAAGUCCAAGAGGCGAAAUUCUGAGUUUGAGAUCUUUGUGGAUUGUGACAGUAACAGGGAGCAGCUGAAUGACAUCUUCCAGCUCCUGAAAUCUCAUGUCAACAUUGUCUCUGUGAACCCAACAGAGCGUUUCAAUGUUCAGGAAGAUGACAUGGAGAAUGUUCCCUGGUUUCCAAAGAAGAUUUCAGAUUUGGAUAAGUGUGCAAACAGAGUGCUGAUGUACGGGUCCGAUUUGGAUGCUGACCAUCCAGGUUUCAAAGACAAUGUCUAUCGCAAGAGGCGAAAGUAUUUUGCAGACCUGGCUAUGAACUACAAACAUGGUGACCCAAUUCCCAAGAUUGAAUUCACUGAGGAAGAGAUAAAGACUUGGGGGGCUGUGUACCGAGAGCUUAACAAGCUUUACCCAACUCAUGCCUGCAGAGAGUACCUUAAAAACUUACCCUUGCUCACAAAGUACUGUGGAUACAGGGAAGACAAUAUUCCCCAGCUAGAAGACGUGUCACGCUUCCUGAAAGAGCGCACGGGUUUCACCAUUCGCCCUGUUGCCGGAUAUCUAUCGCCCAGAGACUUCUUGGCAGGAUUAGCAUUCAGAGUUUUUCACUGCACUCAAUAUGUUAGACACAGCUCAGACCCUCUCUAUACACCAGAGCCUGAUACUUGCCAUGAACUCCUAGGCCAUGUCCCUCUUUUGGCUGAACCCAGUUUUGCUCAGUUCUCCCAGGAAAUUGGUCUUGCAUCCCUUGGGGCAUCAGAUGAGGCUGUCCAAAAACUGGCAACAUGCUAUUUCUUCACUGUAGAGUUUGGCUUGUGCAAGCAAGAGGGACAGUUAAGAGUUUAUGGGGCUGGCUUGCUCUCCUCAAUUAGUGAGCUCAGGCACUCACUCUCUGGCAGUGCCAAAGUCAAGCCUUUUGAUCCAAAGGUCACCUGCAAGCAAGAAUGCCUCAUUACAACUUUCCAGGAGGUUUACUUUGUUUCUGAAAGCUUUGAAGAAGCAAAGGAAAAGAUGAGAGAGUUUGCAAAAACCAUCAAGCGUCCAUUUGGUGUGAAGUACAAUCCAUAUACUCAAAGCGUGCAGAUCCUGAAAGACAUGAAGAGCAUUGCCAGUGUGGUGAAUGAGCUACGCCAUGAGCUGGAUGUUGUCAGCGAUGCCCUCAGCAAGAUGGGCAAGCAGCUGGAAGUUUAACAUCCAUCAGCAGUAUGGUGCACUUGGCAACUUGUUUCUUUUGCCUACUCAUUUCUUUCUAGGCAUGUGAUGUGCUGUGUGCAGAACUCUCCUUUAGAGAUGGAAGAGUGAAUAAGGAUAGUCACUUUAUAUUGUUUCUCUGUGUAAAGUCCCUUGUGUAAAGCAGAAUGUACUGCUCCAUUCCCCUUGGAAGGUCAAGAGCUGCCUUCAAGAAACUAAUAGGGAAGUAGAGAAAUUGCUAGGCUGGAGCAAAAGUGUGAUCUGACCAUGGAUGGGAUCAGAUGCUGCAGAAGGUGACUUAUGAGGCAAUGGUGGAAUAAUUUGCCAUAGGGAAAAGUAUUUUGUAAUCUAGUAGUCUAUGCUACUAAUUUUAUAGCAUUGCAGACUUUGUUGCGUAGAAGCUAUGGACAAUCAAUUGAUGCUUCUGAAUCUGUGCUACCAAGUUUAAAACUCAAAUGAUUACAACGCAGGCAUCAGGGCACAAAUAGCUGGAGCUUCACUGUGAUAAAACUGAAGGGCCAAAUCUUGCUCUCAAAGGGAUUGUUCUUGUCCUCAAAGAAUUUGAAAUGUGCUGUUCAGCAUGCUUUUAGUAUAAGGCAGGGAUACAGAGCUCUUGCAUGAAAUCCCAAUUCUGUUUCAAGAGAUUGUUGGUGGCUCAGUGUCAGGAUUUCUGCUGCUGUCCUUAACAGUGCACCUGAGGGAAGACAUUUCCUUAUAGAAAUACCAUUUGCCUUUUUCCUGAUUGAAUUAAUUUAGCGAAAAAUACAGCAAGCCAUCAAAUACUGACUUAACACAAAGCCAGAAAUCAUUUCCAAAUUACAAUUUAAUAUUCAAAAUAAUGUAAUUAGUUCUAAAAUAAUACUAAAGCUUAAAAUAACAGCCAAAGUUCAUAGUCUAAUCUGCCUUUUUGUAAGAUAAAGUAUCCUAUUGAUUGCUUGGUUGCUUUAUUGAUCUGUACAAGCUGCUCAAAGAUACAUUUUGUUUCUUCCUUACUCGGCCUGAACAGCUUAAUUCCCCAUCAAGCAAAUGGUAACUGGAAGGUCCAAACAUUUCAUAGGAAUUCUGUGGCUCCAAAUGCAACAUUACAUUGUAGCAUAAAGUGUAUCUAAUUCCAAAUUAGGCCUACAGGUUGGGGGAAGCAAUGCCUUGCUGAAUUGUUUGCAUCUCAUGGCAGCGAACUUCCCAGUUUUCAGGGCUCCACAGUUUCAAGCGUUCUGCAUAGCUGCAUAGAACUAUGCUGGCUACUGUUUCUGCCAACUCUGCCAAUCAAAUGAAUAUGUGUACAGGAUAUGGUAUGUUUGAACAGAAAAAUCUAUGACAUGCAGGGUGUAUUUAAUAGCAUGCUAGGCACUGAUUCCUCACUGCUAGUGCUUAUCAGGAAAUCUAGAAUUUGCAGAUCUGAGAGUCGCCGGAAAAAGGGACUGACAUCAUAAAUACACUGGAGAUGCUAGUCCAGGAUUUUGAGAAGGACUUUCAUGAACCUCUACAACUGAAAGACCAGUUUGUGCUUCGUAUGCUUUCUAGUAGACCUCAUCUACAUCUGCUCCACAAAUAAUCACUGGCCUAAUCUUUCCAAAUAUAUUCAUUGUUUAAAUCAAGUCUAGAUAUUUUUUUCUGCAGCUAUUAACCCACUAUGUUUUGUUUUGGUUUUUUCUUUUCUUUUUUUUUUUUUUUUUUAAUUAAGAUAUAAAGAUAUGGUCUACAACAUUUAUGGCCUACAUCAUAUUUAAAAUGGAUUUUAGGAGCUGUGUGUUUCUGAUGAAGAAACCUUAUAACGGAGUGAUAAGGGAGGAUCUGUUUUGUCUGCUUCUCUGGUAACAGUUAAUAUUCAGCUCCAUUUUUAAAUGAAUUGGGAUUAUUAUGUUGUUGAAAUACACAUAGAUCUGUGUUACUUCAAAUCUUUGUCUGACCUAUGUAUACCUUUCAAGUAGGAAACCUUAAAAAAAAAAAAAAGGCAUUUCUGUAGCAUUAACAACCGGUACGCCUGGUUUCACGCAUCUAAACAUUCUGGCUAUUAAGUAUUGUGAAGGCUUUAAGUGUCAAUGAAAUAAAUGACUUGUCGGUAAUCAGUAGAAGUAAAAAAUAAGCUUUUACUUUGGCACUGUAGCAAUAAACACAAAGCACUCGCUUCUCACUGAGGGUUGAUGUGUUCUGUUCUGCGGUUCGGAUAUUCCACAUGUGACUUAAGUCCACUGGGAGCAGUAUAUGGUUAUUUGAAGAGUGAUUUGUUUUUCCCCUGAGUCUCUCUGUUGGAAUUGGUGAGCUUUAAGGAAGUGUUUCAUGGCUCAGUGGGUGCUCCUCACCCUCAUGGGUCUCUGCCAGCACCAUGGCCCAGAUACUCGGGCUCUGGGGGUU